UGGUCAUGGUGGGAUGGAGUCAAUUGGAUCAGGAAAUUGACUCUCGGCUGUGAAGCGUCAGUUCUCGCUACGUCCACGUGAGUUGAUGGCGUGUCGAACCUUGUUAGCAAGUUUGUUACUGACAGCUGUGAGCGCCAAUGUGGUACCUCGAGGUUACCGUCUAGACCUUUAUCCGUACCCAGGAGAUGGAGUAUUUAAGGGAAGAGUUCGGAUUGAUUUGGUGUUUCCUGGCCAAGGUGAGACGACCAGGCAAGUGGAACUCCAUGCAGACCCAAGUCUAAACAUCGUCAAUAAAGAAGUGUCAAUAUCCCGACCAGCUGAUCCGUUCUCAUCGGAGGAAGAUGACACGGAAGGAGAACAAGUAAGCCUCAGCGUUACCAAAGUAGAGAGACAGAAUCAAUCUCUGAUUGUACAUCUGUCACAACCCCUUCAGAGAGAUGCCACCUACCAGCUAGAUGUGCAGUUCGAUGGAAUCCUAGGCUCUGAUCCCAACCAUGCGUUCUUCCAGAACAGUUACAUUGACCAAACAUCCGGAGAGAAGAGGUGGUUUGUCGCCCUCAACCUUAAGCCCUACAAAACCCGCAUGGUGUUCCCCUGCUUUGACGACCCUCAAUUGAAAACCUGGAUCGAACUCAGUGUCGCUCACAAAUCUGAGUUCCACAUUUUGAGUUCCAUGCCUGUCGUAGACACAACCAACGUGACUACUGAGGGAGUUUGGGUGAUGGAGCAUUUCUCUAGAACUCCGCCAAUGUCGGUCAACUCCCUGGCUCUCUUUGUAUCAGAUUUCCCUCAACCCAUAUCGAACAACUUCUUACAGACUGACGGUAUCAGAGUGGGUGUGUGGGGCAGGUCAGAUUUUGUGACUGCGUUGUCCAAGGCACAACAGCUGCUGCCCACCGUGAUGGUAUCACUAGAGAUAUACCUGUCCCGACCGUACCCUCUACCUCAACUCAACCUGGUCGCUCUACCAGGGUACAUGGAUGACACACCCAUCAACGCAUGGGGUCUGCAACUGUUCAAGGAGAGUGACUUGAUGAAUGGAAACACGUUCUGGUUGUCUCACCGACUGGCGCGAGCCGCUGCCAACCAAUGGCUCAACCAUCUUACCUCUCCUGAGCCAAAUACUACAUCUUGUAUCACCUCAGGGCUCGCUAACUACUUGGCAACCAUUGUGGCUAAACAGCUGGAGCAACAAAACAUCUACCACUGGCACCUGACAGGUCUGCAUAGUCUUUACCUAGAAUAUGCUAAGCCCAAGAGCAGCUACAUGAACGCAAAUCAGAAGGAGGCAUUGUGCUCGUCUAAAGUUCAAAUCUUCCUUUCAAUGCUGGAUUUAGUAUUGACCACCCAAACCUUCAAGACUGGAAUCCAAAAUUUUCUAUCUAAAAAAGAGUUCAAGCUAUACAAUGACUCAGAGCUGUGGGCAGCCAUUGGAGAUCAAGCACAUCAAGAUGGUACUCUUGAAAAAUCUGUAUCAGUAGAAGAGAUUGCCCAGUCCUGGCUGGACAGGGACAGACUGCCUGUCCUCUCCGUCACUAGAAACUACGACAAGGACACUGUCAUCGUUUUGCAAGAGCCGUUUAUCAACCACUUGGAAUCAAGAUGGACUCCAGCUAAGGUGGUGAAGAAGCCAGCCCCUCCAGGACAACUGUGGUGGGUUCCUGUAGUAGUCCUGAAGGAACCUGACACCGAGGACACUUCAAGCCUCAACAUUUCCUCUACUCCAACAUCCUGGCUAAAACCUGACCUCCACCAGUUGACCCUACAGGGCUAUACUGAGGACAACAAGUACAUCAUUGUUAACCCUGGCACCAUCGGACCUUUCCUGGUGAACUAUGACCCAGAGAACUGGCGGCUGCUGAGUCAGCGAGUCACAGCUCUGCCUGACUCAGUGAGGACACAACUACUCCACGACUCGCUGACUCUAGCUCUGGCUGGUCAGGUGGACACUGCUACCGCUCUCAACAUGACUCUGUUCCUCAAGAAGGAGCAAAGCGCUGUGGUCUGGAAGACGUUCUACCCUCUGGCUGAUAGGUUGAGGAAACAGUUCCAGGGAACCUCUGCAGCUAAAUUGCUCGAUGAAUACAUAGUGGCACUAGUCACUCCAGUUCUGGAAGCUCUUGGGGAAGAAACUGACAAGAGUCCUAUUUGGAGGACGGAUUUCCGUACCAAGACUCGUCACUUGUUGUGUGCCGCUGGACACCCGACGUGUGUGGAGCACGCUCAGGCUCACUACGCCAAGUGGAUCAGUAGUCAAUCUCCUGAUAGUGGCAUGCCGCUAGCAGGCAGCCUUCUAUGCUCAGUGUUUUCCCACGGGACUCCGGAAGAAUGGGAAUUUGGAAUCCAAAGAUUGCUCAACUUCCCCACAAACAGGUCUAGCCAGGAGCGAACGUUCCUGCUCAAGUCUUUGGCGGGAUGUUCACGAGAACCGGACCAGUAUGAAAGAGUUCUGAAUGUAACUCUUCUACAAGAUGUGACAAACCAAACAUUCUCUGAAGCAGAUAAGUUUGCUACGCUCACCGCUAUGUCCGAAGAUGUCACCGGCUGCACAGCUCUUUUCAAUUUCCUCUCUGAAAACUGGAAAAUCCUGAAGAAACGCUUGUCACCAAACUUAUGGGAAUACCUAAUUCAGGUCGCAUUAGGUCGCUUCCGCACUCAAGAAGGCUUGGUUUUGGUCUCUGAGAUGGUGGAGGAGCGGAAAGGUCAGUUUGGCAAUGCUGAGGCCACGGCUGAGGAAGCUGUAGAGACGGUGAAGGCCCAAGUUAAGUGGACAGAGGUCAACUCAGGGCCUGUUGAACUGUGGUUGAACCAGACUAUGUCCAAGCCUUGGCCUCCUCAGAGGUUCAAGUUUCAAGAUAUUCUUGUUCUGGCUCGAACUCGCAAGUUCGGUUAAGUUACUGACUACAACAUCUCACUCACUGCUGAUUAUGUUAGUUGAGUAGUUUGUGUAUUUAUUUUUUCAAACUUUUGAAUAUUGAUUUAUAUUUGUAUAUAGUGAGUGUUCAUCUUUUAUAUUUUAAACUGUAAAUAUUCAAUAAAAAUCUUAUUUGAAAAACGUC